GGAGCGGGGACCGCGCGGCCGCUCGGGCUCCGGCCGCUCGCGGGGCUCGGCGCGCGAACUCCGGGCAGCCCAGCAUGGCGGUGGAGGAGGAGGGGCUCCGGAUCUUCCAGAGCGUGAAGAUCAAGAUCGGUGAAGCCAAAAAUCUUCCCACAUACCCGGGGCCAAAUAAGAUGCGAGAUUGUUAUUGCACCGUGAACCUGGACCAGGAGGAGGUUUUCAGGACCAAAAUCGUGGAGAAAUCACUCUGCCCCUUCUACGGAGAGGACUUCUACUGUGAGAUUCCUCGGAGCUUCCGUCACCUGUCCUUUUAUAUUUUCGAUAGAGACGUUUUCCGGAGGGACUCCAUCAUAGGGAAGGUGGCCAUCCAGAAAGAAGACCUGCAGAAGUACCACAACAGGGACACGUGGUUCCAGCUGCAGCACGUGGACGCCGACUCCGAGGUGCAGGGCAAGGUCCACCUGGAGCUGAGGCUGAGUGAGGUCAUCACCGACUCAGGCGUCGUCUGCCACAAGCUGGCCACGCGCAUCCUGGAGUGCCAGGGCCUCCCCAUCGUGAACGGGCAGUGUGACCCCUACGCCACGGUGACCCUGGCGGGGCCGUGCAGGUCGGAAGCAAAGAAGACAAAAGUGAAGAAGAAGACGAACAACCCCCAGUUUGAUGAAGUGUUCUACUUUGAGGUGACCAGGCCCUGCAGCUACAGCCGCAAGUCCCACUUCGACUUCGAGGACGAGGACGUAGACAAGCUGGAGAUCCGGGUGGACCUCUGGAACGCCAGCAACCUGAAGUUCGGGGACGAGUUUCUGGGGGAGCUGAGGGUCCCGCUGAAGGUGCUGCGGCAGUCCAGUCCCCACGAGGCCUGGUACUUCCUUCAGCCACGGGACAACGGCAGUAAGAGCCUGAAGCCGGGGGACCUGGGGUCGCUGCGCUUGAAUGUGGUUUACACAGAAGACCACGUCUUCUCCUCCGACUACUACAGCCCCCUGCGGGACCUGCUGCUGAGGUCGGCGGACGUGGAGCCCGUGUCGGCGUCGGCAGCACACAUCCUGGGCGAGGUCUGCAGGGAGAAGCAGGAGGCGGCCGUGCCGCUGGUGCGGCUCUUCCUGCACUACGGCCGCGUGGUGCCCUUCAUCAGUGCCAUCGCCAGCGCCGAGGUCCGCCGGACCCAGGACCCCAACACCAUCUUCCGGGGAAACUCACUAACGUCCAAGUGCAUUGACGAGACGAUGAAGCUGGCGGGGAUGCACUACCUGCACGUCACCCUGAAGCCCACCAUAGAGGAGAUUUGCCAGAGUCACAAGUCCUGUGAAAUCGACCCCGUGAGGCUGAAGGAUGGCGAGAGCCUGGAGAGCAACAUGGAGAACCUCCGGCAGUACGUGGACCGCGUCUUCAGCGUCAUCACCAAGUCAGGGGUGAGCUGCCCCACCGUCAUGUGCGACAUCUUCUUCUCCCUGCGAGAGGCGGCCGCCAAGCGCUUCCAAGGCGACCUGGACGUGCGGUACACGGCCGUGAGCAGCUUUGUCUUCCUGCGGUUCUUCGCUCCAGCCAUCCUGUCCCCCAGCCUCUUCCAGCUCACACCCCACCACGCGGACCCGCAGACGUCAAGGACGCUGACGCUUGUUUCGAAGACCAUUCAGACUCUCGGCAGCCUGUCCAAGUCGAAGUCUGCCAGCUUUAAGGAGUCCUACAUGGCUGCGUUCUACGAGCUUUUCAACGAGCAGAAGUACGCGGACGCGGUGAAAAAUUUCUUAGAUUUGAUCUCGUCCUCCGGGAGAAGAGACCCCAAGAGUGUGCAGCAGCCCAUCCUGCUCAAGGAAGGGUUCAUGGUUAAGAGGGCCCAAGGGCGAAAACGCUUCGGGAUGAAGAACUUUAAGAAAAGGUGGUUCCGCCUGACAAACCACGAGUUCACCUACCAGAAAAGCAAAGGGGACGCCCCCCUCUACAGCAUCCCCAUCGAGAACAUCCUGGCCGUGGAGCCGCUGGAGGAGGAGUCCUUCAAGAUGAAGAACAUGUUCCAGGUCGUCCAGCCUGAGCGGGCGCUGUACAUCCAGGCCAGCAACUGCGUGGAGGCCAAGGCCUGGACCGACAUCCUCACCAAGGUGAGCCAGUGCAACCAGAAGCGCCUGGCCGUCUACCACCCGUCCGCCUACCUGAACGGCCACUGGCUGUGCUGCAGGGCCUCCUCGGACACGGCCGCUGGCUGCUCCCCCUGCACUGGCGGCCUCCCGGCAAACAUCCAGCUGGACAUCGACGGGGACCGAGAGACCGAGCGCAUCUACUCUCUCUUCAGCUCGUACAUGAGCAAACUCGAGAAGAUGCAAGAGGCCUGCGGGAGCAGAUCCGUGUACGCCGGGCCGGAGCAGGAGGAGUACUCCACCUUCAUCAUCGACGACCCCCAGGAGACCUACAAGACGCUGAAGCAGGUCAUCGCCGGGGUCGGGGCGCUGGAGCAGGAGCACGCCCAGUACAAGAGAGACAAGUUCAAGAAGACCAAGUACGGGAGCCAGGAACACCCCAUCGGAGACAAGAGCUUCCAGAGCUACAUCAGGCAGCAGUCUGAGACCCCCGCCCAUUCCAUGUGAAACCCGAGGGGCGCCCUGUCCCAGCACGGCGCCCUGAGCGGCGCCCGGAGAGCCCGUGUUUGGGGAGGAGAGGGAACCAGACCACAGGGCAGCGCGUCCACCCGCAAGACGACAGGCGUCGAGCUCGUGAACUUCUGAGGCCCCCGGGCCAUUUCUGGGCGGCUGUGCCCUUGAUCGCGCCAGUGGCAGGGGACCCGAGCUGGCGUUUCAGGAGCGGAGUGCCAGCGACCCCAUGGCCUGCAGAGCGUGGCCCUGUGUCGCGUGCACCUUUGUCUCUGCCGCUCCGUGGCGCCCGCGUGUGUGGAGCCUUCCAGCACUAAUGUUCUGCUUGGACUCAGCGGGGACGCUGUGAGCGUUAUUCUUUCCUAUGAGCCUACUGUCCGGGCGGCCGCUGGCACAAGGCCUCCUGGUUUCAGCUUCUGACGCUGGUAUCGGUCCUGGCCAGAGGGUCAGCACCGCGUGGAGAUCCCCGUUUGGAUGUGCCCUGGAUCUCUGGUGGCACCGGAUCCCUUUGCAGAGAGAUGUCCCGGGGUCCCAGCCUGCAUUCCCACGUGGGAGCCCCCCCCGCCUGCUGCGGAGACACGUGCACGCAGCCGCCCCAUCCAGCAAAGCUGUGUUGUUUGCUGUCAGUGGGGCUUAAAAGCAGAGUCCACGUCUGCCAUGUUGCUGGGGGUUUGGGGAAGGGUGUGAAAAUAGAAAUGUGCAUUAUUUUCAAGCUGUUUUUCUUAGUAUUUUUAAAGGACCGUUUUUAAUUAGCUCUUUGAUAUAAAGUAACUCGGAACAUCCAAGCCUCUACCGUUCAAAGAAGGUGCCACUGAAGGACAAAAAAGGGAAUGGACGUGUCUCGUGGGUGCCAAGUAAAGGUCCCCGAGAGAAAGCGGAGGGAGGGAGAAACCCGGGCCAGCGCGGGGAGGCUCGGGGCAGAGGCCGGGCCGGGAGCUGUGCUUGCUGUCUCUGCGGCCCUGGGGGCCGCGAGGGCCGCUGUGCUGAUGGGGUCGGGGGUCCUGACGAGCCGGCUGCAACCCCGCUUUGGAGAGGCCCGUCCAGACCCAUAGGACCAGGUGCCACGUGCCCAUCUGUCAUUCAGACUCAGAUGUAGAUGGCAGACAGUAACAUUACCCGCGGUCACGGUGGAGGAAAAUAAUGCAAGAGGCUGCUCCAAACUGCAAAUUUUAACAUGGAUUUGUAACAGUGUUUCUGUUUAUAAGAUACUAAUGAUUUGCCAUGUAUUUUACUGGCCAAUUAAAACAGACCUUUU